AAGUAAAGUUGAGAAUAUAGAUCGAAAGUUUCAGUUGAAAAUAAAAAGAUAUUUGGAUAAAUGCAAUACAAAUGCUGGUAGUUGGUUUUAUGAUAUAAUAUUAUUAAUAAAUAUUAGCCAAAAUGAAAUUCAAGUAGCUUUUGGAGAAGUUGUCAAAAAUAUAUAUUAUUAUAAUGAUAUAAAAAUGAAUAGUGAUUGCAAAAAGAUCCUUAAAG